AGAGAAGAGAAAAGCAAAGAAAGAACAGCAACGAACAAUCUGGGAUCAAAACUCAAGUUAAACACAGCAUGUGAACCAAUAUAUUUGGAUAGCGGUAAAAUUUCUCAUAUACUCUUAUCCAGGCUUAUAUCCCAAUCCCACGCAGCGCCCCUGCUGCAGCCAACCGGAAUGCUGUUUUAUAUCAGAAUUCCCAAAACUAGAAACAAAUUGUAGAACCAAAAUUUUGCACUUAUCGAUUAGACAACUAAUUCCCCCCAUAUGAUUUUUGCACUAUUGCUAAUUUUAGUAAGAUCUUCAACAAUGUAGUAAGAAAGAAUAGCAGUGAAUGUUGCUAUCCCAGUUUCCAACUUAUAUAAAAAUGUCUUUUCAUAGCCCAUUUAUAUAGGCCAGCCAUGCAUGAUGCAUCAGGCAUGUAGCAGACGGCUUUUGGCUGUCCGGUUAUUAUAACUAAAUUAAGCAAGAAAUUAGUACAGUAGCUAACUUAAAAACAAUUGCAUGUAAUUCCUUUUUUCUUUUUCAUACAUAGAAGGAUCGACCCACCCCCCCAGAUGAAAUCAAAUGACUGGGCCAUCUUCUUGUUAGGCCUUGUGUACUAGACUGUGCCAAAAGAUUCGAGUCUUACAAUGAGAUGCGAAUAAAAACAAUUCAAUCUUGUAAGAGACACAUGACUUGUUUGGCUAUUAUAUGCUUUUGGGAGAACUUGAUUAAUCUCCUAUCUCACUCAUGGUUGCAUCAUUCUUAGAUUUCAUGUACCAACUAUUUUUCCACACAUAUUCUAUUGUCCAUAGGCAAAGAAAUGAGGCAGACAAAAAAGAAGUGAAAGAGAAGGAGAGGUUUCCUACCAAGAAUUCAAUCACUUUGACCACCACCCUUGUUCGCUAUCUAGUGAUUGUACGUUUGCUUUGUCUUCAUUAUCUUUGGCCAGAUAUUUUAUUCAACAGUUGCUCCACGACUACAUAACAACGACAGCUUUUAGAUUAACAGCCUUUUUUUUUUUAUUAUGCCCAUGUACAUGAUUCUCUUGAUGAUUAUCUCUACAUAUAAUACUCACUUCCUAUGUAAAUCCUUUGCCAUAUCUGAAAAAACCCUCUUUUUUUCAAUAUGGGAGAGGAAGAUACUCCAGGCCCUUCUCCUACCCUUUCGCCAAAGUCAAAUUUGCCUAUGCUUUAUCAUGGCCUGGUCGUUGUAGGAACAGUUGCCAUCGUGCUGGCUAUAUGCAACCUUAUCAUUAUCCGUUGGUGCACGCAGCGCCAGGAUGACUCCAGGCAGAGACCUGCCAGGCUUGCACAAAUCACAGCCAGCCAGCGUUUUGAAAAGCAAAGCAGGAACUUGCUGUCAAGUUUCAAAUACAAGAAGGAAAGCAGCAACAUGGGGUCUCAAGACCCUGGUGGAGAAUACGAAUGUGCAGUUUGCUUAUCAGUUUUCGAAGAUGGCGAGGAGGUGAGGCAGCUACCAAGGUGCAACCAUUCUUUCCAUGCCCCUUGUAUAGAUAAGUGGUUGUAUUCUCAUUUUGAUUGCCCGCUUUGCCGUGCCUCUGUGGAUCCUUCUCGUUGUGUCAUCGACACACAGUGGUGAAUUCACCGGGAAACUCCAGAGAAAGUUUGCUCAGUACAGGCAGCGCAGCUUGAGUUCUCCAUUUUUGUUUGAUGUUUUUUCUCUUUGCUUUCUCUCUCUGUUGAUUGAUUAGGUUGGGGAAGUCUAAAACCCUGUAUGUUCCUGUCCUGGUGUUUGUGGGCCUAAGAUGAGAUGCGCCACAAUGUUGCAAUGACGAAUUUAAGACAGCCAGUUGCCCACGGAUACACUAAACACGCUUUUGGUGCUCCAAAUGGGCCAAGGAUUAAUGCUGGCCAGCCAUGUCGCUUCCAUAUGUAUAUAGAAGCCAAGUUUUGCCAUGCAGCAUAUUCAAUACACCCUUUUUCCCUGUAACAACUAACAACUACUGGCGUUAAACAAAAAAAAAAAAACUAUCAAUUACUGGCGGAUAAUGCAGUUUUCUUAGAAGUGAAUCACCGCUGACAAUGACACGAAUAAAGAUCCCAUUGAAAAAUAAAGAAAUUUCAGCCAUCUAUCUACAUUUUUGUGCCCGCUAUGGCAGGUGCUACACACUGCAAUGCAAGUUAUGCAAGACCAAAGCUCGGAAUUGCAGCUUCCGUUCAAGCGGUCAAGCCAAAAUCUGAAGUAAGCGUGAUACAAAAGCAAACUAAAGAAUGCCAGACUAGUUGACCAGCACGAGAAACUUCUCUUACAGAACCCACUGAUCUAGCUCCUCGGGUAAAACAAACUCAACGCUUCUUACCAUCGACAAUGCAUUUAACUUUAAAAAACCAAACAGUAACACGUGUUCCCGACAACCAUAAUCUUGGCAAUGUAUCUUGCAAUUCCAGAGCUCAUUCGGUGAGUUUUUCAGCAACAACAAUCUUCAUACUUUUAA